AUGCUGAACCAGCUGCAGGUGUCAUGGAAUAAGAGAGACCUGCUCAUUUACGCGGCCGGUGUUGGCGCAAAGGCCGACGAUCUUCGCCUGGUUUACGAACUCGACAAAUCCUUCGCCGCUAUCCCAACCUAUCCUGUCGUUCUUUCGUUCAAGGGUGAUAGCCAAGAACUCAACCUGUUCGCGAAGGCGGCUAUCGGGACGCCUGUUCCGGGCAUGCCCCCGCUCAAUAUUAACAAACUCGUCCAUGGAACGCAGUCGAUCGAGAUUCUCAAGGAACUGCCCCUUGUUUCCGGGCCCGGAUGGACUUGGACCACGCGGUACACUGGAGUGGUCGAAAACAAGAGCGGCAUCGUCUUGAGCAUGGAGAAUGUCCUCAAAGACCCCAGUGGUGUUCCUUACGCUAAGCUCUAUAGCUCGUCGUUCAACAUCGGUGCCAAAGCUACAGGCGACAAGUACUCGAAAGUGAUCGCCGGUCCGCCUCAAGGAAAGCCGAUUCCCAAGGACCGCAAGCCCGAUUAUGUGGUGCAGGACCAAACGACGCCCGAGCAAGCGAUCAUGUUCCGGCUAAACCCGGCCAUUGGCCAAGCUGCAGGAUUCGGCGGUGUUAUCUUGCACGGUCUCUCCACCUUCGGCUUCGCUGCCCGGGGGCUUAUCAAAGCCGUCGGAGGUGGCGAUCCAGCGAGCCUCAAAUUAUACGGGGUUCGUUUCACAUCUCCCGUCAAGCCCGGCGAUGCGCUGGAGACCUCCGCGUGGGAGGUCGGACCUGGCCCCAAUGGAACGGUCGAACUGGCCUUUGUGACCAAAAACUUGAACUCCGGGAAGAUCGCUCUGGGAAACGGCAUCGCCUACAUAAAGAAGGCGUCCACGUCAAAGCUGUAGUUGUGUACAUCCAUCCAUUGUGCAUUCCAUAUCAUUCACUGGAACGUGUUCUUACGGAGCACCCGCGCUCGAUCUAACAACGCAUCCGCUUCAAAGUAGCAGCCUUUGAGCCACCGAUUCGGCUCCCCUUCUUUCCCUGCUUCGCCUUCGCGAUCAUGGAACGCCGCGCGCGCGUGCAAAACGCGUCGAUUGUCGAAUAUAACCGCAU